UUUUCAUAAGAAUGGAUUUGGGAGAGAUUAACAAAGUUAUACUUGGUAGUUUAAGUAAGCUUCUUAACAUCAAGACACCAAGUACUAUAUCCACGGAGUUAGUCAAAAGUAUUAAUAGUAAGUUAAGUGGAGGACGGAAUAAGUCAGGAAAACUGGAAGAUCUAUUUCAUCUUCUUCAAACCCUCGGCAUUGAAAUCUCCCAUAUUAAUAUACAAAAGGUUGCAGCUAAAGAUGACCUUCACAGCUACCUCCUCUUGGAUUUCUUGAAUUUAUUGUUGGAAACUUUAUUCUCGGAUAAUCCUCAAGCUUUUAGUCAACUUAUUCACAGUUUGGACCAAGAAUCUAUUCGCCGCCGAGGCGGAGACUUUUCCCUGAGUUCCUCUAGUGAGCCAGAGUUUGGCGGAGCCACCACUAGCGGCGGAGAGGAGGUUGUAAGAAUAUUGGCAGAAGCUCGCCGGAAAUAUGGACGAAUUCGAAGUUUUCGGGAAAAGAUUGAUGCAGAGAAUAUAAGUUUGAUUCAGAAACCUAAACCAGCAGAACACCAUGUCUCAGAGGUUGAUCACGCACCAGUUGAUAACGUGUCUUCUCGGAACCAAUUCCCUCCACACAAAAUCCGCGGAUUAAAUAUCCCUCCAAAAAUCCGGGAAUCCAAAAUGACGUUAAAAUCGCAGAAACUUUAUCAGUCAGAAUUCAGUUCCAGCAUCACCCUUAGUUCUUACAGUUCCAGCAGUAGUUCAUCUAGUUCCCGAGGGUCAAGAAGUACGUCUAGAUCAUCAUCUAGCACCGUAGAAAAUGUUAACCCAGGAAUAAGAAAGCAAAGAUUAAAGAAAAACUCAAAAGAAGAAAUGAAGGUGUUGAAUAAGAAUGAUAAAGACGGAAAUGAAGAAAAUGAAGUUAAUGUAAGAAUCCCUUUGGAAGAAGCAAGUAUUAAUGUAAAGAUUCGCAGUGACACUGCAGGAGUAAACUUAAAAAACAGACGAAUUCAUAUCAGAUUACAAGAAGCUGAAUCCCCAAAGAGGAGUAAAAAGGUAAUGUAUGGAUCAUCCUCCGUCCUCUUCCAUCAUCACAGGAAGAGUCGACCUCCAAUGUUCUCGAAAAAGAUGGCGACCCCAAGAUUGGAUGAUAAAGAAGUUUUGACAAAGGCUGUUAAAGUUAUUAAAAAACGAAAGCGGGAUGAAAAAGAAGUAGAAGACAUAAAGGAGAAUAAGAAGGUCAAAACAGGGGAAAAUGUAAGAUUGGAAACACAGAAGUAUUUGCGAGAAAUACGAACUAGAAAUGGACAACUUAAAAAACUUGCUUCUGAAAUUAAGAAAUAGUUCAUUUUUAUCUACUUAAUUCUCUCAACUAUGUUACCUAUUUUUUGUCGUUUUUGAACGCAUUUACUAUGGCAAAAUAUUUCAUUGGUUUUUUGAGCGAAAAAAAUCUAGUUUGAAGUAUACAAAGCUGGAAAACUGAGAAAAUUAAAUGACAUAACUUCAUUAGACUAGGAUUUCCAUUUAUUUAUUUUUUAUGUUAUUGGAACAUUUUUCUCACUAUCAACUCAUUAAGGUGUUUUAAACUGCUCUGGUUCAGCAAAAAUUGUUUAAGAGUAACAAUUGCUCACAAUUGAGGUGGAGGUGAUUUAGAUGUUAAAACUUCAAACAAAGUCGACCACCAUAAAACUCUACAUUGUUAUAGCAGUUAAUGCAUAUUUUGGACCUGAAAUCGUUUUUAACAUCUGUGUACUGUAUUUUCAGCUUCCUAGUCAUUAUCCUUACUUUUAUGUGAUCUCUUUUACUGGAGAAAAGAUGAUAAUCAAAACAAAUAUGGGUAAAAACGUAAAUAAUUGUACAGAAAACAUUUAUCUGGAAUCAUCAAGAAAGGUUUAUUUUUGUCAACACUUAAAUUGAAAGUAGCAUUUUAUAAUUAUUUUUAUAGCAGUGCAAGUAGAACAAGGUUUUUUUUAUACUGUGGCAUGCUAAGACAGCUAAGAAACUAGUUUUUUGCUGGACAACAAUGUUUUUGUAAUAGGCUCUGAAUUCUUGUAUCAGACUGAAGGCCAAAAACAUUUAAUGUUCAUUAAACUAGUCCAUAAACUGUCAAAAUGCAUCUCAGUAUUAUGUUAACAAACCAUGUAAUUACUCCUUAAUUUAUAGCAAAUUAUGGUUUUCAUUUUAAAAUAAUCAAUUCUCAAAGUUU